GCCUGCCAGUUGCUGACAGGUGUAUCCUCGCCGUUCGACUCAUCCAUUAUCGAUGGCAUCAAAUGGUCGACUUGUUCUAUUGAUUUCCCAAUUCCAUCACCAACACCCUGUGAUUUUAUAACCGCCAAUGGGCUGACCCAUUUGUCCGAUUCAAUCGGAUCGGGAAAUUCGAACCCUUUCAACAAUUUGCGCCAUGGCCGAGCCAGUUGGCGACAAGGGCGAGGUUCCUCAACCCGAAUCGACAAGUCAUCCGACUACGAGCGAUGCAAAACCGACAACUGAGGCAGUGGCAUCUCCAUCAAACACGCCAGCCAAGCGCAACGCGUUUACAGAACUGAUGGCACCAAAACCGAAGGCUCCAAUCUCCCAAGCCCCCCAAUCCAUGGCCUCCAAAGCAUCCCAGAUCGUCCGCGGGGUCUGGCGCGGCGCCCUGAUCGAAUACAUCGAACACCCAGAACGGUUUCCAGACAAGGUCCUGCGCGUAACAGCCAACACCGUCCUAAUCAAAGACGCCUUCCCCAAAGCCACCAUCCACCUGCUCCUCCUCCCGCGCUCGCCCGCCCACUACCUCCUGCACCCGCACACCGCCUUCGCCGACCCGGCCUUCCUGGCCAUGAUGCGCGAGGAAGCCGCGGUGGGCGCCCGACUCGCCGCGGCCGAGCUCGCCCGCAGGCUCGGCUCCUUCUCGGCCAGCAACCGGGCGCGCGACGAGGCGAUGGGCAAGGGCAAGGGCGGCGGCGCGGCCUCGGACCGUGACGGCUCGGAGUCGGAGCUGCCGCUGCCGGCGGGGCGCGACUACGCGGCCGAGAUCCGCGUCGGCACCCACGCGCACCCGUCCAUGGCCCACCUGCACGUGCACAUCAUCUCACGCGACAUGCGCUCGGAGCGCGCCCGCCAUAGGAAGCACUACAACAGCUUCACCACUCCGUUUUUUGUGCCGCUGGCGGACUAUCCGCUGGGGGAGGAUGAUGUAAGGCGGGAGACGGGGUUUCAGAAUGCGAAUCUGAAGAGGGAGUUGGUGUGCUGGAGGUGUGGGAAGGAGUUUGGGAAUCGCUUUGCUGAGUUGAAGAGGCAUUUGGAGGAGGAGUUUGAGGCGUGGAAAAAGGAGUAAGGGGGCCGGUCAUCACGUUGCUGAGGCGACCACCUUUUCGCUUUGCUGAACCCUCUUUUCACGGUUGCCAUCAUCGGUUGGGGUGGUACUGGGGCGCUCAUGGCGGCCGAUUUUGCGGCUCGGCAUCGCACAGACACGGAGUUGGCGACUUUGUGUGCUGUGAACAGGAAUAUUUUCAAGCAACUCACAGGUCUGACAAAAAAGAAACUCGGCUAAACGAUAGCCACUAUGUCCCAGGUUGUUGACAUCGUCUUCGUCUGUGAGAUACAAGAAAACCACCGCCAAUUCCACGGUUGCAGACAAUUCCGGGAGAUUGAUCG